UCGUGUGAGCACCGAUGCUUCAAGUGGUCUGUUCCAACAUGGCUUCCUAGGGAUGGCAUCUUUGGCAGCUAGUGUGUGCAAAUUGGUUAGGUAAUAUUCUACUAAUAUGCUCCCAGAAUCCCAGCAGUUGGGGUGAAAAACACAAGAAGGUUGGAUAAGGAUAAAGGUUGGUAUCAAGAACAGGAGAAGGUGAAACAGAAUGAGUGAUCAUCCUUCCAGUCAGCAUGGAUGCAGAUGAUGUGGACAGCCACCUUGUGCCCUGUAAUUUCCCUUUUUUUCUGACGCAAUUGCCUACUUAGAAUAGAAUACCUUAUCUAGUUAUCUUUGAUAUAUGAGAAAAUGUGCUCUUGAAUAGUACUAUGAAUUAGUAUCACAUAUUUCAUUCUUUAUCUUGAGAAAUCUGAUGAAAAAAAAGGAGUCAAGAGUCAAGACAUGAUGUGGCCUUGAUUGGGUCAGGCCCAGCAGGGAGGAGGCUGUAGGCCCAAGCCCAACAAUCUCCAUGAUCCGAUUGCUUUUACAGUUCAUCAGCCAUCGCUAUCGCAAAUUCGCGAGUGCUCCGCCGCGCGUACGGUCUGUCGUGUGUGUGGUUCUCUUGUCCACUCCAAUGGAUUUCUGGUGGAUCAGAGGAAGGCGACGACGCCAUUGUGGAAUCGCGUGCUUAGCUCGACACCUGGUGGAGCUGCUACGCAAAGGAGCACCUUCUCAUCGUGUUCUUCUCCUCGAGGUGUUUCAGGCUCCGAAGCACGUGCUGGAAGGAGAGGAAGGAAGUUGUGAUGCUCUGUGAUUCUCUGGGAGGUUUCUUGGCUCCAUUAGCCGUACUCGGGGUGAUGUGAUGCUGAUGUUGUAUGGGCACCUCGAAGAUGUGGUAUCUUUUCCAUGAGGUUUAUGAGCUGCUGCAUGCUGCGCCCAAGUGCCAACACUGUCCGGCUCACUGUUGAGGAGACUCUUCAGAAGAGGGUUCAUGCAUGCAAGGUGUUUGUUGUUGGUUCCCAAAGGAGGAGGGUGAGGAAUUGGGUGGUGUUUGCCAAGAGGAGGAGGAGGAGUAGCAAGAGGCAGCGUUGAUGGAAGAGUUGGUUCUCCGAUGCAUGGGUCUGGCCUGAUUGGAGCACAGAUGAUGUUCUUGAUGCCUUUGAUGGAGAGGAAGAGCUUCCUAAUGAUGAGAAAUUUAAAGAGUGGAAGGGAAAGGUGAGGCCAUUGUUGAGCUGUGGUAGGCACAACAGGAGGCGAUGAAUUCAGAAGGACGAUCAUGGGAGGAUCGGAUUGACUCAGGCAGCUUGGCUCAUUGAAUCUCAAGUCCAAACUAAACUUUAUUUGGAAGGGAAAAAACACAAAUUUCAGUUGGCACACAUUAGUAGAAGUGGUUCUCGAACACUAUGGCCUUGAAGCUGAUCAAGCUGCAAUUACCAUUUUUGUACGUGUGGUUCCAAUUGUUAUGGAUGUAUUUGUGAAGAUAUGGAAGAUGAAUGGAGAACUUGGAUUGCAGCGGGCUUGAUUGUAGCUUCGUAAGCGGCGGAGGCGGCCGUGUGCUGUAGCCUUUUUUCUUUUCUGUCUUCUCGCCCUUAGUUUUCGGGGGCGUGUUUGUAAUAAUGCACAUUCUUGCACUCUUUCUUAAUAUACUCUGGCCGGCAUCCUUUUGCUGGCCCGGCAAAAAAUAAUACAUUUUCAUGAUUAGGCAGUUGAAAUUAGAUUUGGAGUUAGGAUUCUAUACUUUCAAUAGCUUUUUCUACCAAGCAAUUGCAACUUUUAAGUGAUUGUGCCGUUUGUUGCCACCAUAGUGACUGUGAGUGAAAAUGCAUUCCAAUGAGGCCUGCCUGGAGGGAGGAGCGAUGGGGCGUGAGGCUCUCACCUACCACCCGGCGGACCACCACUCCGGUGCCCGCCGGCCACCAUCCAAGCCGCAGUUCGGCUCGUGGCGCGACGUCGUGAAGAAAGAUAGGGGCCUUGCCGCCGCUGAGGAGGCAGCUUGGACGGAGGUCCGGCGGAAGGGGAGCACGGAGCAUUCACUGCGGGCAGGUGACCCAACCUCCAACAAACAGGACAGAGCAUUCAAGCCGAGGAAGGAGUUCAGCAACCAUGACAGGGCAUUCAAUUCGGAGAAGGAGAUCCCUCGCUGGCUUCUGGGGCGCUGCUUCAAGUGCCUAGGAUUGGGUCAUCGCAAGCUUGACUGCAAGGGAGAGACAAGGUGUUUCCAUUGCUGGUACCCGGGUCACCUAGCGUGGGCGUGUCCGGAGAGGAAGGCGGUCUCUGGGGGCAAUCCGGGGCGGCAGUGCGUCUGGGCGCAGAGAGGUGGCCGUCUGGGAGAAGAGAACAACAGGGGAAGGUGAAGCAGGUGGUGGUAAGGGAGGUGCCGCCGGCGAAGUCGAAGAUCGUCAAGCCGGCCCCACAGGCGACAGAAAAGGGCGCGGUGAUAGCCAUGGCGGGUGCUAACCUGGGCGGGUACCAGAUCUGUGCGGCCACGCCGCCGCAGUUCGUGGAAAAGUACCGCAUCGGCGAGCCCGACUCGUGGCUAGAAAGGGGGCGGGUGGUGCUGUCCUGGACCUCCGGGAUGGAGCGCCAUGAGAGGUACCUCCAGGAACUCUCCCUGAUGGCGUCGGUGCUCAAGGGACGGCCGCCCGUCUCGCCGGCAGAGCUUGCGGAGACAAUCGAGCUGCACACAGGCGUGCAGCAGCGUUACUUCAGGGUGGAGGUCACGCGCCCGGAGGAUUUCCUGAUCUCGUUUCGGAACCAGAGGGAGAAGGAGGCGGUCCUGCGGUGUUCGAAGGCGCUGUUCUGUAAUGAGGUGCCUGUUUCGUUCAAGCCGUGGAACAGAUGCUGCUGGGCGGAGGCCUCGGCUUUCCAGUUCUUCACCAAGAUCUCCCUCGACGGCCUUCCCCCGCACGCCUGGGAGGAGGAAGCCAUGCACAAGCUGGUCAACAGCUUGGACGGUCAGCUUGCCGAGCUGAUCCCGGCGGCGGACGCGCGCUGCCUCGGUCUCUUCGCUUGGUUCAAGAAUCCGUCCGACCUUCCCCACCAUCUGGACGUGGAAAUCCCGGAACGCCCGGCCGCAGGGCGAUGGCGGGAGGGGACGAGCGCGACACCACCUUCCCCGCCGCGGGAGAAGCCGGCCCUCACCUAUCCGGUCAUCAUCCACGUAGAAGAAGUCAUUGACCCUACGCCGUUGCAUACUCCGCCGACCUCCUUCGACGACAACUCCGAUGAUGAAGACGUCACCCGGCGGAACACUUUCUCCUGCUGGGCAGGUCGCUACGAUGGCGCUGGUCCCUGGCCGACGGAGGUGGGAGGCGGUCAUGUCUACGGCGGUGCGACCGGUUCGGCGGGAGGUCUAGGCGCGCGCUCCUUUGCCCCCAUCCCAGGGGAGGUCUCGGCCCCGCCAAGGCGGUUGCUUCAACGCCUGGCGACCAUGCCGGCGGCGGGGCAGUCGGUGACAGAGGAGAGCCAGGAUGAUGCUGUCUUGACAGCUGCGGUGGUGGGGGUCAUUGACAUGGCAGCGGCGGACCGGGUUCUAGACCGGGCUGACAUUGUUGUUCAAGACAUGGAGGCGGGGGAGGUGUUGGCGUCACAGCCGCAUUCACCGACGUUGGUUUUGCAAGCGCCGGGUGUGUGGUUCUCUCCGCAAGCGGUGCAAGCAGUGGAGCAACCAGGGGCCGACGUGGGAAUCCCUACCCCGCUGGCGGCGCCUGUGGUUGCAACGGCAAAGGCGCUUAUCGUUCUGGACGACGACUGCAGCUGGGCGCUCGUGGCCGGUGGUGUGUCGCCUCUUUCAUCGCCGCUCCAACUCUCCCUGGACGAGUUAACCGGCGGUGAACUGUCGGCGCUCGGCACGGAGAAUGAUGGCGACCGUGCUGAGCUCAGUGAUGAGGUCCGGGAGGCCACUGUGGACCACGUUCACGUUCACGGGGACGACCUGGCUUCAGGGCAGGAAGUCGCAUUAACUCCGAAUGGGGGAUAUGCAUUAACGCGUGUUGCGUCGGCCUCGCCGCGUAUUAGAGCGAGCCAGUCGUCUUUUGGCACGUUGGCCAAGAAGCUCUCUUUUGAGGAUACGAUGGCUGAGGUGUCGCUCGUGGAGCAUGGGUGCGAGCGGCCAGCAUUGAAGGCGACUGGCGACGCGCUGAGCUCAACGCAGGAGAGCAGGAGUGAUCGUGGGUUUGAAUCGGCGGCAAAGGCGGGAGAGUUCCGUGUCUAUGUGCGGAAGCAGGCCCAGAAGAAACCGAGCCAUGAGCAACCUGGGCCGGAGGGGAUCGGCCUCAUGGGCUUGGCAGGCCAGGAUCUGGGGCAGGCUGACCUGGGACGGGCUGUGGCUGGCGUGGGACAGGAAAUGUCGGUGGGCCAAGUUGUAUGUGGCGAGGACGAGCCACCUCAGGCCCACCAAGAAGAAGUGGCCCACAGCGACGACGAGCGGCCGGUCCAGGAAACUGAGAUCGAGAGCAGCAGGGAGGCGCUCAGCGGAGAGAUGAUGCUCCCACCUCCCGCCUCGCCGUCGACAGCACUCGCCCGCGCGCGGCCAACCUCGGAGGGGUCGCCGGCGAACACGCCGCUACCCCCCGAGGCGGACCAGAUUCUUCAGGGCUUCCUCGCGUCGGUCGCUACUGAGCCUCCCCCCUCCCUGCUCGGGAGGAGGCCGCCAGCGUCAGUCCCCAAAUCCAAGCCUCGUCGGCGCAAUGUGAUCCCUGAGGGGUUCACGCCGUGGCGCAGCCCACGUCUGCAACAACAAGGGAACGGAGCUCGUCGCCAUUCAACUUCAAAAGCGCAGAAGGUAACGAUGAAGAAGAUGGGCAUCAUUGAAGAGGAAGAAGAAGCGGAUCAAGACACCUUCCAGCAGUACACUACCGUGUUUGAUCAGCCGUUAUCGACCCAGCACAUGAAGGCGCUAGCGGAGCUGCUGGAUGUGGAUGUUGCGCUGGAGGAAGCAGAUGUUCCACCGCCGGACCUGGCUUCGCUGGUGGCGGCGGGGGUGGAAUCCCCUGCUUGAGCGGCGUUCCGGCGGCGUGCGGCGGUGGUGGAGAGUUUUCCCUGUUUUUAGUUUCCAUGUCUCGUCUUAGUGUGCUAGUGUGGAAUGUGAGGGGGUUGAAUAAUCCUGCAAAAAGAAGAGUGGUAAAGGAGUCUGUUGUUAAUUCGCAUGCGUCUGUUGUUUGCUUGCAAGAGUCUAAAUUAGAGGUAGUUGAUUUGCUUGUAAUCCAUGAACUGUGUGGGCUGGAUUUCGAUGAUUUCGUUGCCCUUCCCGCGUCACAUACCAGGGGCGGGGUUAUUGUGGCCUGGAAGGGGUCCGUAUUCCGUGGAUCACAAGUGCAUUUGGGACAAUGGUCGGUGACGGCGAAGUUGGAGUGGACUGCAGGCAACCAUUCAUGUUUCCUCACUUCGGUCUACGGGCCACAAGAUGAUAACGAGAAGAUUCUGUUCUUGGAGGAACUCGCCGAAAUCAGAGGAAUCUGUGGGGAGGUUUGGCUUGUGGCAGGUGAUUUCAACUUAAUAGCGGCAGCGGCGGACAAGAACAACUCGCGGGUGAACAGGCGGCUCAUGAAUGCUUUCCGCAACAAGAUUAAUGAACUUGAGCUCAAAGAACUGUAUCUGUUCGGGAGGAGGUAUACCUGGAGUAGCGAGCAACAAUUUCCCACCCUGGUCAAAUCGGACAGGGUGCCUGUCUCAACGGAAUGGGAGGAUGCGUUUCCGGACGCGCACUUGCAAGCGCUGAGUUCGUCCAGUUCAGAUCAUUGUGCGCUACUGCUUUCUUGCGGGGAAACCCCGCGGGGUAGAAGAAGGUUUCGUUUUGAAACUUUUUGGACGAAGCUUGAGGACUUCGAUCAGGUGGUGGCGGAUUCCUGGCAGCAGACGGUUGAGAGCACAGAUCCCUACGUCAUCCUGUACGUCAAGAUGGCGCGUCUUGCUAUGUCUCUCUGUUCCUGGGGACAAAAGAAGAUCAGUCGCUUUCGCCUCCAGCUCCAGAUUGCGAAUGAAUUGAUCUUCCGUUUUGAUGUGGCGCAAGAGAACCGACUCCUUUCCCCUCUUGAACGCCGUUUCAGGGCAAUCCUGAAGGGCCGCUGCCUGGCAUUGGCGUCACUCGAACGAAUCAGAGUGCGCCAGCGGGCUCGGAUCUCCCAGCUCCGGGAGGGAGACGCCAACUCCAAAUACUUCCAUAUGAAAGUGAAUGCGAGGCGCCGUAAGCUAUUCAUCCCAGUCUUUGAGUAUGAAGGGCAGACAGCAACCUCGUAGGAAGAUAAAAUUGCUCUGGCCAAGGACUAUUUUCAGGGAAUUUUGGGUGUGGCGGAUCCCGACUCGGCUGAGCUCCAAUUCAAUCAAAUCUUCCCUCCGGCGCCGAACCUGCAAGAGCUGGAAGUGCCUUUCUCUGAAGAGGAAGUUUGGAAGGUGAUAAAAGAGAUGCCAAACGAGAAGGCGCCGGGACCGGAUGGAUUCACCGGGCUUUUCUACCAACGGUGUUGGCAAGUCAUCAAAGGGGAAGUGCUGGCGGCACUGACGAAAUUUCACUCUGGGAAUCAUCAGAAUCUCGACAAUCUCAACACAGCGGUGAUUACUCUGCUCCCAAAGAAGGAUGCGCCCACGUUGAUCAAAGAUUACAGGCCCAUAAGCCUGAUACACAGCUUUUCCAAGCUUGCAACGAAGAUUUUGGCGUCCCGGUUGGCGCCGAGAAUGGGCGAUCUAGUUGCUGAAAACCAGACUGCCUUCAUCCGUGGCCGAUCGAUACACGAAAACUUCAUUUUUGUCAGAGGUUUAGCGCUGCAAUUCCACCGAAGAAAGAAGCCUAUGAUCCUCCUGAAACUUGACAUCACUAAAGCGUUCGACACAGUCUCUUGGUGUUUCUUGCUGAACUUGCUCCGAAACAGAGGCUUUGGGUCCAGGUGGCGAUCGUGGAUAGCUGCCCUGCUCUUAACUUCUGAAACCAGAAUCUUGCUCAAUGGCCAUGAAAGUGACAGCUUCAAGCCGGCGCGAGGACUGCGGCAGGGUAACCCGUUGUCGCCGCUACUCUUUGUCCUUGUCAUGGAUGCGCUGCAAGGCUUGCUCGCCAAAGCUACUUCCUGGGGGCUUCUUGCCAAGCUGGACACUCGACGUUCCAUCCCAAACACAUCCAUUUAUGCCGAUGACACCAUUGUGUUCCUGCAACCAAUCGAGAGGGAGGCAACAGCGGUAAACGCCAUUCUUCAGCUUUUCGGAAAAGCUACAGGGCUCAAGACCAACCUCAGCAAGAGUGCUUUGACGCCGAUUAGGUGUGAUGAUGAUGUGUUGGUCGGAGUUCAACAGCUGCUUGGGUGUAGGGUUGAGAAUUUCCCGAUCACUUACCUCGGUCUUCCACUCUCCCUGAGAAGACCGACGAAGGCGGAAGUGCAACCGAUUUUGGAUCAGCUGUCCAAAAAAGUGGCCGGCUGGAAGCCCAAACUGCUCUCUCCCGACGGCCGUCUGCGCCUGAUCAAAUCGGUGCUGACCGCGCUGCCAGUUCAUUUCAUGUUUGUGCUUGUGCUGCCAAAAUGGGCAAUCAAAGAGUUUAACAAGAAAUGCUGAGCGUUCCUGUGGAAAGGGCAAGAGGAGGUUAAUGGCGGCCACUGCCUAGUGGCUUGGGAUAUCGUCUGCAGCCCGAAGGAGUGCGGGGGAUUGGGAGUUAAAAAUCUGGAAUUAUUUGGCCAAGCGAUGCGAAUGAAAUGGCUCGCUAGACGAUUGGAGCAAAGAGGAAGGCCGUGGACUCUGAUAAACUCAGUACCGACAAACGACAUCACCGGUCUGUUCCAAUCAGUGGCGUCGUUUCAGGUAGGGGACGGUAAAGAUACGGACUUUUGGAGGGCGAACUGGUUGCCGAGGGGCUGCAUCUCUGUCUCCUCACCUUUGCUCUUCACACACCUGGGCAGAACGAAGCUGACUGUGGCGGAGGCGCUCUCGCAGAAUCGCUGGGUGCGCGACAUUCGAGGGAGUCUCUCUGCGCUGGCCUUAUCGGAAUAUUUUCGUUUGUGGGAUGAGAUUCAGGAGGUACAGCUGCAAGAGGAUGCCCAAGACUCUAUCAGUUGGAAGCUCACUCCUAACGGAGUUUUCUGCACAGCCUCUGUGUAUGAGAUGUUCUUCGCGGCACGGGUGCGAUCUCAAUGUGCGGAAUUGAUCUGGCAAGCUAGGGGCCCGUCUAGACUUAAGUUCUUCAUGUGGCUAAUCACCAAGGGCAGGUGCUUGACAGCAGACAAUUUGCAGAAAAGAGGAUGGCCGCAUGAAGAUGGUUGUGUCCUUUGCAAUGGCGAUCAGGAGAGCUGUGAUCAUUUGUUGCUGGGUUGCCCUUUCACGAAUAGGAUCUGGGGUCUGCUGAGAACGUGGCUAGGAACUCCUUUCCCCCUGCCUGGCGAUGACGACUGGGAGUUCGCGGACUGGUGGAUUAAAACCAGACUCUGUUUUCAGACGGGCUACAGGGGCGCUUUUGACUCCCUUUGUAUCCUCAUCUGCUGGUUCGUGUGGUGAGAACGAAACCUCAGGAUCUUUGAACAAAAGGCGAGAACGGCAGCGGAGCUCUUCAGUGAUAUUAAGAAUGAAGUUGCAGUGUGGAGGGAGACCAACAUUUUGAGAGAAGUCGGCUAAAGAGCCCGCUGGUGGCGGAUUGUUUUGUUUUCCUUUCUUUUCGGUUUCUCUCGACUGUUUAAUGUCGAUUUGUAAAUGUUUUCAAA